CCGCCUGGGACCCUCUACCUAGGGCCCUGUGUCUGGUCGGGACGCCAGACUCUGGCAUUUUGUAAAAAGUGCUGGAGUUGAGGCCGGCAGAAAACUGAACGGCGGGAGCUAGCCAAAGCAAGGCCUUCAGUGCCAACCGCGAGACUACUGAGCUGAUACUCGGUGAAAAAUGAAGAUUCUGAAUGUUGGGCUUCAAACUCUGUAAAUGAUGAGCGGCAUAGUGGUCCACAUCUUUAAUCCCAGCACUCUGGAGGCAGAGGCAAGUGAAUAUCUGUGAAUUCUAGACCAGCAAGAAGUAAGUAAGUCUGCCAAAAUGUCUGAAAGAUCAGAUCUCCUUCACUUCAAGUUUGAAAAUUAUGGAGAUUCAAUGUUACAAAAAAUGAACAAAUUAAGAGAAGAGAAUAAAUUCUGUGAUGUUACAGUUCUCAUAGAUGACGUUGAGGUGCAGGGGCAUAAAAUUGUUUUUGCUGCAGGUUCCCCUUUCUUAAGAGACCAAUUUUUACUGAAUGAUUCCCGAGAGGUGAAAAUCUCCAUAUUACAGAGUUCUGACGUGGGGAGACAGUUGCUCUUGUCCUGUUAUAGUGGUGUGCUGGAAUUCCCUGAGAUGGAACUGGUAAAUUACUUGACUGCUGCGAGUUUUCUUCAGAUGAGCCACAUUGUAGAACGGUGCACACAGGCGCUGUGGAAGUUUAUAAAGCCAAAACAACCAAUGAAUAGUAAAGAGGGAUCUGAACCACAGAGUGCUUCUCCCCAAUCGAAAGAACAGCAGGGAGACGCCAGAGGCUCUCCAAAACAGGACUUACCUUGUAUUCAUCCAUCUGAAGACAGUAUGGAUAUGGAGGACAGUGAUAUUCAGAUUGUUAAGGUAGAAUCCAUUGGGGAUGUGUCCGAGGUUAGAAGUAAGAAAGACCAGAACCAGUACAUGCCUUCUGAGCCCACUGCUUUACAUUCAGCAGAGCCCCAGCACUCCCUGAUAAACUCAACUGUGGAAAACAGAGUCAGUGAACUAGACCAGAGCCAUCUCCACAAUUACGCCCUCUCUUACACAGGCAGUGAUGACAUCAUCAUGACCUCAAAAGAUGUCUUUGGGCCUAAUAUUCGAGGUGUAGACAAAGGCUUACAGUGGCAUCACCAAUGCCCAAAGUGUACCAGGGUGUUCCGUCACCUGGAGAACUACGCCAACCAUUUAAAAAUGCACAAACUCUUUAUGUGUCUACUCUGCGGCAAGACUUUCACUCAGAAAGGCAAUCUUCAUCGACAUAUGCGUGUACAUGCUGGAAUCAAACCUUUCCAGUGUAAAAUCUGUGGGAAAACCUUUUCUCAGAAGUGUUCCUUACAGGACCAUCUUAACCUUCACAGUGGAGAUAAGCCCCAUAAAUGUAACUAUUGUGACAUGGUUUUUGCACAUAAGCCAGUUUUGAGGAAACACCUUAAACAGCUGCAUGGCAAAAACAGCUUUGAUAAUGCCAAUGAGAGGAAUGUGCAAGACCUCACAGUGGAUUUUGAUUCUUUUGCAUGUGCAACAGUCACAGACUCUAAAGGUUGUCAGCCACAGCCUGAGGCAACACAGGUCCUGGACGCAGGUAAACUAACCCAAGCUGUCCUCAGCUUACGGAGUGAGAGUACGUGUGUAAAUUGAAUAGGACCUGGUGCUCACAGCGAGAGCUGACUGAGAGCGUGGCAGUAGUAAGUGUUUUUAGGAGUGAUUUGAUAGUUUGUUCUCCAAAGCCUCCCAGCAGGUGGUAGUGGGUGAAUUAAAGCACUAACAGACCAGGCAAUUCCCACCUGCAGUGGCUUUGCUUUCCUUUUGUCGUCUUCUGGUUCUUUUUUGAGUUAUUUAUCCUGUGGUGUUUGUUUUCCUUUCCUAAGGAAUAAUUCCGUUUGUCUACCUAGUGUCGAUGUAUGUCUUAGACUGACACUAAUCUUUCUACCAAGCACAUUCUGAAGGUACCGACAGACAGCGUUACCUACUUCCUACUAGUAGAUGCUGUGCUUAGAAACAUUAACAUUUUUUCCUGGGGGAAAUGAGGC